AUGGAUGGGAAGACUGCUUUGUCGAGCGCAAGCUCAGAAUAUGCUGGGUUCACCCCUGAGAUCUCUCAAUCUCCUUCUAUUGUCAGUGAUAAGCGCUCCCUCAUACUCAGCUACGGGGCAGUCGAAGCUGGAAUCGAGCUUCCAGCCUCUCAAUACGGUUACGGUGGCCAGCAGUGGAAAGAUUUCAGCAGUGAUCUUGGAAAGUAUACGCCAGAAAACGACCUUUCGACAAAGGAAGGGCUAGUGGCAGAGUUCAUCGCCUUUUGCCUUAAAUCCAGUGAAGACGAGGGAUUAGAGUUCCUCAGAUCUCUGCUCGAAUCUUUCGAGCAAGAAAUCCUCGGCGGAAAUGACAUUCACGCGGCGCUUUACCACGCCAACACCCCACAAAAGAAGGAUUUGAUCAAGACAUAUUUUGCGGCGAGGGAAAGGCUCGGUUCCACGCCCCAGCCGCAACCCUCUCUCCUCUUACAAUCUGCUGAGAAAGACGCUUCUCGGAUUUACAUGCUGUUCGGAGGACAAGGAAAUGACGAGAAUUACUUCAACGACUUAAAAGAUGUCUACAGCACCUAUCCCGAUCUCUUGAGAAGCUGGGUUUUCUCAGGGUCACGGGUGCUGGAAGACCUCGCUGAGAAACCAGCCUUCAAAGGUCACCUCUCACGCGGUUUCUCAUUGAUUGCCUGGCUUGAGAAGCCUGAAUCAGAACCUAACUCGUCUUACCUUCUGGCCGCCCCGGUCAGUAUGCCAUUGAUCGGUCUGCUGCAGAUCUGCCACUUUAUCGUCGCAUGCCAGACUAUGGGUCUCACUCCUCAAGAGUUCCAUCGGUACCUAGCGGGAGUGACUGGUCAUUCGCAGGGUAUUGUCACUGCCAUUGUGAUAUCUAUUUCCACCACAUGGGAGAGUUUCCAUCGCCAUGCCUGCGAUGCUCUUCGGAUCCUCUUCUAUAUCGCUUGCCGCAGCCACCAGGCCUAUCCUCCCCAGUGCGUCCCUGAAUCUAUCAGACAUGAUACGGAAGAGCACCAUGAGGGGACACCAAGUCCUAUGCUUAGAGUACGUAAUAUCGGUCAACAGCAACUGCAACAAAUUAUCAACACAGUUAACAGUCACCUCCCACGGAAUGCACACAUGGCUAUCUCACUCAUCAACGGACCUCAGAAUCUGAUCGUUGUGGGCCCAACCAUGAGCCUGUACGGUCUCAGUCGGCACCUACGCACCUUGAAAGCCUCCAAGGUAAAUCAGGAGGCUCGUAUUCCUGCCCGCAAGCGAAAGCCCAAAAUAGACCACCGCUUCCUGCCCAUAACUGCCCCGUUCCACAGUGAUAUCCUGAAAGACGUCACUGCACUAGUCAUGCAAGACUUGGAGGGGUUGUCAGUCACUGGUGACCAGCUUCAGCUGCCAGUCUUUGCAACGACGGAUGGUCAUGAUAUGCGCGAGUUCCCCGAUUGCAACGUGGUCCCUGAGAUUAUCCACAUGGUAGCUAAAGAGCCUGUUCAUUGGGAAAAGGCCACCGCAUUCGCAGGAGCGACUCAUAUUAUUGAUUUCGGACCAGGAGGCAACGCUGGAGUAGGCUUUGUGACUGUCCACAACAAAGCAGGUCUCGGUGCGCGUCUCAUUCUGGGAGGCUCAAUGAAAACCAGUGAUGAGUAUGGUAACAAGGCCGACCUCUUCAACCGCAACCCCCAGUAUCCUGUCCUUUGUGCCGAGAACUGGGCAGCCGAAUACAAGCCUCGUCUUACUCGUGACCCCACGACGAAGCAGGUCCAGGUCCAAACGAAGUUCACCAAGCUCCUGGGUCUUCCCCCUAUCAUGGUUGCGGGAAUGACCCCAACGACCGUGCCCUGGGAUUUUAUCUCCGCGACCAUGAAUGCGGGAUACCACAUCGAGCUCGCCGGCGGCGGAUACUAUAACCGCCAUGAUCUUGAGGAGGCAAUUGCCAAGAUUGUGCAUAAUGGUAUUCCCGGAAGGGGCGUGACUUGUAAUAUCAUCUACGCAAAUCCUAGUUCUGUACGGUGGCAGAUCGCCCUUCUCAAAGAUCUCAGAUCUAGUGGUGUUCCUAUCGAUGGGAUUACCAUCGGGGCGGGAGUUCCAUCAGUCGAUGUCGCAAACGAGUACAUCCAGACGCUAGGAUUGAAGCAUAUCUCGUUCAAGCCAGGCUCGGUGGAGGCAAUUCAGCAGGUGAUUGAUAUUGCACAAGAGAAUAAGUCAUUCCCUAUCAUACUACAGUGGACGGGAGGCCGAGGCGGCGGUCACCAUUCAUACGAGGACUUUCACGAGCCCAUACUACAAAUGUAUGGACGCAUUCGGGCGUAUAAGAACAUUGUUCUCGUUGCUGGCAGUGGCUUUGGUGGUGCUGAAGAUACCCUGCCCUACCUGACUGGCGAAUGGUCCAAAGCCUACAGCGCCAGCUCUCCAAUGCCCUUCGACGGUAUCCUCAUGGGCAGCCGAAUUAUGGGGGUGAAAGAGGCCCACACGAGUAUUGAGGCGAAACAACUCAUCGUAGAUACCCCUGGAGUGGACGAUGCGUCUUGGGACCAAACAUACUCCCGACCAGCAGGUGGAGUUAUCACCGUCCAGUCAGAGAUGGGAGAGCCAAUCCAUAAAAUUGCCACACGAGGCGUACUUCUCUGGGCUGAGAUGGAUCGGACUGUCUUCAGCAUCGCGGAUAAAACCGCUCGGGUGGCCUUCUUGAAGAAGAACAAAGGUCGGAUCAUCAAUAAUUUGAAUAAUGACUUCCAGAAAGUAUGGUUCGGGUGUGAUGAAAAUGGAAAGGCCUGUGAACUGAACAACAUGACGCUGUCUGGUGUCAUUCGGAGGAUGGUCGACCUUCUUUUCAUCAAACAUCAAGCUCGCUGGAUCCAUCGCAGCCUGCAGCAACUGACAUAUGAUUUCUUGGUUUGGAUUGAAGAUAUCGUGAGCGAGUCCAGAGAGGUCUCGAAUCCCCGAUUUUGGCAAUCUGUUGACCAAAUCGACGAGCCCUUCCAAGCAAUCGAGCAAUUCCUGGUCAACAGCCCCAAAGCAAAUUUUCAGCUCAUGGACACAGUCAGCACGCAAAUGUUCCUUCACCUGUGCCGCCGACGCGGGCAGAAACCCGUCCCCUUCAUCCCUGUACUGGAUGAAGACUUCGAGGUCUGGUUCAAGAAGGAUUCUCUCUGGCAGUCUGAGGACGUUCAGGCAGUUCCCGGGCAAGAUGUUGGUCGAACAUGCAUUCUUCACAGUCCAGUGGCAGCUAAGCACACCCAUGUUGUCAACGAGUCUAUCAAGGGCCUAUUAGAUACCAUCCAUGAUCAGUGGGCAAAGUGUCUACUAGAAAAGGGGUAUAAAAGCCACGAAUCUCUCGUCCCAUCCAUCGACUUGGGUGACAGCGAAGAAGAAAUCUCUAGUUACAUGUCUACAGAAAUCUCCAUGACGAAAACGUAUAAUCCCACAGCAUACGGUGACGAGCUCCCUUCUCUGGAGUGCUGGAUGGGUGUGCUUGCCGGUGGACAAAAUGGUUGGAGACACGCGAUUUUCACCCAGAAGACGAUCGUGCAAGACUACGGUGUUUGUGCUAACCCUCUCCAAAGGCUGUUUGCUCCUCGUCCGGAUAUAUAUGUUGAGAUCGAGGAAGGUAGAUCUGGAGAAUAUUGUGUUAUCCUGUUGUUUGAAAAGAGUAGCCAGAUACCAGUCGUCGAGGUUCGUCGAGCUGAGUCAGUGGAUCGAGAACUCAUCUCAGUCUCCCUCAUUGAAAGCCGUACCGUCAAUCGCACACCGGCGAGACUCGAGCUUCUCUUCAGUCAUCAUUCUGAAUUUCCUUUCGCGCCAAUCCGAGAGGUUCUUCCAGGGAAGGUCGACCGAGUGAAGGAGUUCUACCACCAGCUGUGGUUUGGUGAGUCUCUCAGGUCGCUCCAAGACAGCGAGUUCUACGAGGAUACUAUGACCGUCACUCGCGAGGAUAUCAAGACCUUCCGCCAAUGUGUCGGCAGCAUCCCUGGAGCAUUAACCAAUUCCCAGUUGAAAAUUUCUGCACCAAUGGACUUCGCCAUUGUCGUCGCGUGGAAGUCAGUGAUGAAACCAUUGUUUGCCAAACGCAUCAGUGGGAACCUGCUGAAACUGGUCCACCUCUCCAACCAGUUCCGUCGAUUGGAAAGCUCUGCACCCAUUCAAGAGGGAGACCUCCUCUCGUCUCGAGCUCAUAUCCGCGCCAUCCUCAACGAGGACUCGGGCAAGGUAGUUGAGGUCGUCUCGGUGAUCAGCCGAGGGGGUACGCAUGCGGACAAAAUAAUGGAGUUAGUCAGUCGAUUCAUGUACCGGGGAACGUACAACGACCAUGAAAAUACCUUCCAGCAAUCGAAAGAACCGAUAUACGAACUCCAGUUAUCCGGUGCGAGUGACGUGGCUAUUCUACUAGCGAAACCAUGGUUCAACCCGAUCAACCCAGAUCUUAAUCUUCGGGGAUGUAAGCUAACGUUCGAUCUUGAGACACAUACACGGUUCCAGAGUCCGUCUGUCUAUCACCAGUUACGAUGCUUCGGCGCAGUCCAUGCUCGGACUCCCAUCGGAGAGAGGCUUGAGGUAGCUUACAUCGACCACAUGGUCGAUGUCGCAAAUAGUAGCCCGGUAGUUGACUAUCUAAAGCGUCAUGCGACACUCGUAAACCAGCCGGUUCUGUUUGAGUCACCUAUCACCCUAGGUGGAGGGGAGAUCCAGUUCCAGUCACCACUGUCUAAUGAAGCGUAUGCCAGUGUGUCCGGCGAUUUCAAUCCCAUACAUGUGUCGCGAAUUUUUGCGGACUACGCGGAGCUCCCCGACACUAUCACACAUGGCAUGUAUAUGAGCGCCAAAAUCCGCAGUCUCCUCGAGCAACUCACCGUGUGCGAUGACACCCGUGGCCACCAGCGGUACCAGUGCACAUUUGUGGGAAUGGUGGUCCCUGAGGAUGAGGUGGAAGUGGUAUUCCACCAUGUCGGCAUGGUCAAUGGCCGGAAACUUAUCCGGGCUGAGGCAUGUCGUGCCGGCACGGCGGAGAAGCUUCUUGUCGUCGAGGCGGAGAUAGAGCAGCCCAGCACAGCUUUUCUCUUCACUGGCCAAGGCAGUCAGGAGAAGGGUAUGGGUAUGGAUCUGUAUGCAACUAGUCCUGCCGCUCGCAAGGUGUGGGAUUUGGCAGAUCAGCAUUUUCUAGACAAGUUUGGCUUCCGCAUCACUGACAUCGUCCGGAAUGACCCCAAAGAACUUAAAAUCUACUUCGGAGGUCUUCGUGGCCGAACCAUUCGGGAGAACUAUAUGGGGCUCCGCUGUGAGAUGAUCCACGCGGAUGGCGGGGUAACCUCCGAGCGCAUCUUCAAGGAGAUCGACGAGACAUCCCGGUCAUACACAUUCCGGUCAAGCUUGGGUCUUCUCUCCUCAACGCAGUUCACCCAGCCCGCGCUUACCUUGAUGGAGAAGGCUAUCAUUGAGGACAUGAGGGCGAAAGGGCUAGUAUCUGAUCACUGUAGCUUUGCAGGCCACUCCUUGGGAGAAUACUCGGCAUUGACUGCAAUCGCGGAGAUCAUGCCCAUAGAGAGCCUGGUUUCGGUGGUCUUCUAUCGUGGGUUAACUAUGCAAAUGGCCGUUGAGCGUGACGAGCAAGGGCGGUCCAAUUUCUCCAUGUGCGCCGUGGAUCCUAGUCGAUUGGCAAAGACAUUUGACGAAGAAGGCCUGCGCUAUCUAGUGGCACUUAUCGCCAGUGAGACCGGAUGGUUGCUGGAAAUCGUGAACCACAAUGUUGCGAAUUCGCAAUAUGUGUGUGCUGGUGAUCUUCGCGCACUAGACUGCCUAUCUGCCGUGAUGGGUGAAGUCAAGCAGCGCCCCCAAGACUUCCAAGACGUUCUCCAGGCUGAGCGCCCACUCGACGAGAUCCGAGACUGUGUCUUGUCUACUGUGCGCCAAUGCGCCAGCGGCAUCAGGGCCAAACCGUUACCCAUCGAAUUGCAGCGUGGCGUAGCCACUGUGCCACUACGAGGCAUCGAUGUGCCUUUCCACUCCUCCUUCCUCGCACCAGGCAUCGCGGCCUUCCGAGCUUGUUUGCACCAGUAUAUUGACAAGGAUAAGCUGGAUGCUGAUAAGCUGGUGGGUAAGUAUAUUCCUAAUCUUACUGCGAGGCCAUUUGAUGUUAGCGAGGAGUACUUUCGUGAUGUCUUUCGGUUGACAAAGUCGCCUAUCAUUGCAAAGAUAUUGUCUAGGUGGAAUGAGUAUACGGAGUUGGAGAAGAUUAGUGAUGGAAUACAGAUUAUUGGUCCUGUUUAG